CCACUAGUAGCGGCCUGUUAAUUCGUGUUAUACAAAUGAUAAUGAAAAUAAAUCUACCGGUUGUUAGUUAAGCUUUCUUUAUCUGUAUAUAUCUUCCUUCCCUGAAUCGGUUGGUUGUUUAGUUGACUUCAUUGGAAGCAACAAUCUCUUUCAAUCGCCACUAUAUUCUUUUUAUAUCUAUCUAUAUCUACAUGUGUGUAGUUGUGUUGUGGAAAUCAGAGAGUUGUGUGUGUGUGUGUGUUAUCAGUUGUUGCUGUGUGGAUGGGGUGGUUCAAAGUUAAUGAAAUUAGGGUUUUCUUAUUCUUAGGGCUGUUGUUGUUGUUUCUAUAUUAUCAGCAGCCUGUUUUAGGAUUAAGGCCCUUGAGGCAGAUGACCACAGCUCGGCCCGAUGAGUGGCUCGUUGUGAGGAAAGAUGAGAAUGAAUCGGGUCCGUUUUCUGCAUGGAAUAUAACUGGGACUUACAGAGGGGCAUGGAGGUUCCUUCAGUAUUCAAAUAACUCUAACAGGUUUUCAGAUUUUAUGAAAUCAAGUGGGAAUUCUGUUUUGGAGUUGAUAACUAGGCCAACUAAAAUAAAUGGUGUACAUUAUGUUGAGGGUGUAAUGAUAUUUCAUGAUGUGUUUGAUAAUGAACCUCAAGUUGGCCGUGUCCAAAUUAGAGUAGAAGGUGUCUACAUAUGGCCAUUCAGACAACUUCGAAUGGUAGCUAACAGUGGAAGAGAGGGAGAGUUUGGUCAAGACGAGGAUUAUAUACUAUCCAACCCAUACCACCUGCUUGGAGUUUUCUCAUCACAAGUCUUCCAGGAGUCUUCACGGGAUAAGAUCUGGAAGAGUAAACAACUCCCAAUCAGUGACAUGGAUAAACACUGUAAUGUUGAGAUCUCUGCUCAAAUUUCUCGUGUCUCGUCUACCCAAAAUGAUGGAGAGCAUGAUCGUUAUUACAUGGAAGGCCUAAUGGAAAGCCCUUCGGCUGAUGAUGAUGGAGAUUGCUUCUCACCCAUGCUUAUGAAUGCUACUUCAGUCGACAUAGAGGUUUACUACAACAAAGCAGUUAAUUACACAUUAAUGGUCACCUUUAUAUCGUUCCUCCAGGUUCUUCUUCUAAUUCGACAGAUGGAGCAUAGUAACACACAAUCUGGGGCUGCAAAAGUUUCAAUUGUAAUGAUUGGACAACAGGCUAUCAUGGAUGCCUAUCUUUGCCUUUUACAUUUGACUGCAGGGAUAUUAGUUGAGUCACUGUUCAAUGCGUUCGCAACUGCUGCUUUUUUUAAGUUUGUUGUAUUCUCAAUCUUUGAGAUGAGAUAUCUUCUUGCUAUAUGGAAGGCAAGUCGGUCUAUGAAUACUGGAGAAAGCUGGGAAGCUAUGAGACGUGAACUUUCAGUUCUUUACAGUAGAUUUUAUGGAAUCCUUUUAGGUGGUAUACUGAUCAUGUAUGAGUUCCACAAAUAUCUGCACCCUAUACUUCUAAUUUUGCACUCGUUUUGGAUUCCACAAAUUAUCACCAACAUUGUUCGUGAUUCAAGAAAACCGUUGCACCCUCAUUAUAUAGUGGGAAUGUCCCUGACUCGGCUUGCAAUUCCUGUUUAUGUGUUUGGAUGUCCUCACAACUUCAUGCGGAUCGAACCUGAUGAGAGGUGGUGUAUUAGCUUGGGUGUCCUUGUUGGUUUCCAGGCUGCAGUUCUCCUCUUACAACACUAUCUUGGAUCCCGAUGCUUUAUUCCUCGCCAGAUUUUGCCUGAAAAAUAUUGUUAUUUUAGAAGGGUUAAUCAGGACUCUAUUAAUGCUAGUGAUUGUGUCAUUUGCAUGACUGCAAUUGAUCUUACUCAGCGUCCAAAUGAUUGCAUGGUUACUCCAUGUGAACAUUUUUUCCACUCUGGCUGUUUACAAAGAUGGAUGGAUAUAAAGAUGGAGUGCCCUACUUGCCGACGUUCACUCCCACCAGCUUAAAAGUUGAUUAUAAGGAGAUGAACCAAUUACUCGACCAAGCUGAACAUUUGGAUAUCAUGAUUGGUCAUAUAACUUGACAUUUAGCCUCACUACAUCUCGAUACACCAAAGUUGACUGACAGUGAGCAUCCGGCAGGCUGCAUAAAUGUAUAUUCUACAAUUUGUAAGUCAUUAUAAACGUGUUUUUACUGACCCCAAGUUUAUUGCAUCUACCAAUGACAAUUGAUGCUUUCUUCGAAAUGAUCAUCACAUCAGAUCAUCCAAAUUUGACAUGUGAAACCACAUCUUGAGCUACUAAUUGUACAUUUGUUAAGGUGUAUAUAUAAUUGUAAUUGUAGUAUGCAUUGGCUGAUCCUAAAGAAAUUACUUGACAAUAUCCUUAUUUUCUUAAUGGUAUAUCCGAUAUCCUUCGAGUA